AUGCAUCAAUAUAAUUAUAUGGUACAACCUACUAUUGAAAUGAUUGUACCUCAACCAGGUAGCAAAAUGGCAAAGUACAAGACCUCCUUAUGCAAGCACUAUGAACAGACAGGGACUUGUCAGAUGGAUAGUAGAUGCCAUUUUGCCCAUGGGAAACACGAGCUCAGAAAGCAGACAGACGCUCUUCCUUCAAAUGUUUUCAGAUUGUAUCAGACACCGAUAAAUACAGUUGCUCCACCAGGCUAUGUUCAUAACAAAUACAAAACAAUUCCUUGCAAGAAUUGGCUAGAAGGAGCUCAUUGCAAAUACGGUGAUAGAUGCACAUUCGCUCACGGAGACCAUGACAUGAGAGCCAAAUUUGUAAAGGCAGAGCUUCUCUACUCUUCAGAAGCUCAGGCACAAUCAGCGGAUCCAUCUCAGAUUCAGACAAUGCCUUUAGCCUCACAGUAUGGAACAGUUGAUUACACUGCCUUUUCACAGCCCCCAUCAUUUGAAUCUUCCCAAAUUCCAGUUCAGAUGCCUUCUAAGGUAGCAACUGAGGCGGUUAUAGAUACGAGACCUCAAGACAAUGGUGAUUUCGGCAGUGACCUUCAGCUUCCUUACUAUGAUGGGAACACAUUUCAGGAUGAAGAAAGCGAUAAUUUCUUCAAUUCUUUCAGUUAUGCCAAUAGAGACUUCACUUCCAACGGCUUCAAUGGAGCAGCAACAACUGAUUCUUCUGGAAAUUUCUUCUCUCAGCCAUCUGGCUCAAGACAAGUCUCUAAAUUUGGCUUCUGUAAUGAGACUGCUGGUGAUCACCCCACUGAAGAGAAUACCCUUGUUGACAAAAUGAUGGGUCUCAAGGUCACUCCUGAUGACCUCUUUGAAAGAGUUGAUGAGCUCGAGCUCACUUCUGAGAAGCAAGAAAUCAAUGAAAAAUUCUCUCAAGCAAAGUACCAAAUAGACAUGGGUAAUAUCAAGGAGGGUAAUGACAUCCUUAACGACAUGAUACAAAACAAGGAAAUCACAUUCAAGAAAUUUGCAGACGAUGAUCAGAAUUUUAUGAAGACUUUUGACCCAAUCUCGGAUUAAAAUAAUAAGCGCGGAUCUCCAUGACCCGCAUAAAUAAUAA